GCAUUUUAAAAAUUGAUACAAAUGUUAAAAAUAAUUAUUUGGUUUCAAAAUUUUUGUACAAGUUUAUUUUUUACCGCCUUUACUGUCAAUUCGAGUGCGUAAAAAUGCUUGAAUUACAAAGAAAGCGUGUGGAGCGUGCACUUGCUGGCAUGGUUGAUAAAUUAUACAAAUCCAAUCUACGCCAGUUACAGAUGGAAAUGCACGUUUGCUCUGCCAAAUGUUGUGAGGAUGAAAAUGGAAGCAUUGAUUCAGUUUCUAAAUGUAUAGAAAAAUGUACCAGACCAUUAGUACGUGCACAGGAAUACUUGCAAUCCGAAUUUGUAGAAUUUCAAACUCAGUUGCAGAGUUGUGUGGCGGAGUGCAAUGUAUCUAAUCAUGGUAAUGCUGCGAAAUUUAUGGACGAAGCAGAGCUUGAGAAAUUCCGAGCCCGAUUUGAAAAGUGCGCUACGAAAUGUGUAGACAAGCAACUUAGUUUAAUCCCGACAAUGUUGAAAACUAUGGAAACUGUGCUUUCCAAUGGACCUAACAAUUUAAAACGGGCAUAGUUUUAUUCAACUCAAAAGAACAUUUGCCCUAAUAUUCUGUGAAAACAAUUACCAUUUACAUUGGACAAAAAGCUUAUUGAAUUUUCUAUAUAUAGGAAGCCUAUGGAUUUUUGAUUUUGAAUAUUAAGACAACUUUACUUGUAAAUUGUGAUACUAUAACCAGUCGAAAAGUUUAAGAAAUUAAAUUGCAUUCUCUAUUCAGCAAAUGGAUCGCAAGGAUAUUAAUACACAUUUGCUGAUAAAUUGGCUAAUGGAUCCUAAUAAUAUUAAGACAACGUUGCUGAUAAUAAUGACCAGACGCUGAUUCAAUGGGUUGAUCAAUGGACUUCGUAAAAUAAAAAUAGACAUACUCCACAUAUUUUCUUACAUUGAAAGAUUUGCUGUUAUUGCUUAUAUUUUGUAUUAUUAACAACAAAUUGGAUUUAAAUUUUUAAAACUAAUAAAUGCAUUCAUUUUCGGCAAACAAUAUUGUAAA